AAAAUCAUCAUCAGUACAUGAAAAAACUACAAACAAAACUAAUAUUUAAUGAUUUUGUUUAAAUAAUUAUGAUUAAACAGGGUAGAUUUUUUAGCUCCAAAUCCUUCUUACCAAAAGAGACCAAAACAUUAGGGGAAAAAUAACAUGUCUACAGAAACACUUGAAAACUCAAAGUAGUUCUUCAAACUUUCAGCUUCUAACUUUCAUUUUAUCAAGUCUUAAACCACCCAGUAAUCAGGCCCUAGGAUUUCACAGUAACAAUCGUUUCCAGUACUGUGUUAUUACUGUGUUUGAAAAACAAAGGAACUGAAAAACUGUUCCCUAUACUACUCUGAUGACAGGUUUAGCUGGAAAACAUUCAAAGUAUAAAAGGCAUCAGACAAAUGUUCACAUGCAUAGUAGGCAAGUGGUUUGCAGCUUGAAACACCUGGCCUGAUUUGUUUGGGCUCAAACAAUAUUUAUCCAAGUAUUAUUAAAGGUUAAGAAAAUCUGCAGUUAUAAAAAUCCAAUAAUAAUAUAUUAGUUCUAAAGCAAGUGUGUUGUUUCUGUACAAGAAAAUAUUCCUGAAAAUGAAGUCAUUACUAAAUGAUUAGCAGAAUGCUCUGAUCAAAAAACAUAUCAACAUCUUAAACCUUUGGCUUGAGAGUUUGCGGUAGUAGCUCUCAAACUUGAAAUGUUUGGCUUCGUAUUAGAGCAUGUUUUUUUGGCACAUAUUUUUAUGUCUUACUUAUCUUGAUAAAAACAAUUUGGAUUGCAGCUCAUUGAGCAUCUAUGUCAGUAACCUUGAAGACCUUUCUGAUACAUCUGAGGAUGAACGACAAGCUCUAGACAUAUAUAUUGAUCAACUUUAUGAGGAAAUGGAUAAAGGUACUUGAAGAAUUCAUAUAAUAAUAGUUUUCGUGGGUUUUAAGUUGGCUGGUAAAGUUAAAACUUUAGUAGCGUUGGUAAGCGUUAAUUCCUUUCUAAAUUUCAAUAAUCCUUGACUUCCUUACCUUUUUUUGUUUGUUUUCUUUUUUUGUACAGUUUCCGGCCAGUUUCUAAACUGUGAAGGCUCUGGAUUAUAUGCUCUUCAAAGUUGUUGUAAGUUCAACAGGUUUACAAAGUGACUACAGAAAUUUGGAGGUUUGAAAUUUUUUGUCAGGGACAUUUUAAGGGUAGGAAAUUUUGCAAUAACUUACAGUCUGCUUAGAGAAUGCAACCUUAAUACUUGGUGAUUGAGGAGACCUGGAUACAUAAAAUGUCUGCAAUUUUUUUAAAACUGAUGUUUGUAAUUUUUUUAGGGUUACACCCUGGACUGCUGGACUUUUGGGAAUUUGGGUGAAGCCUAAUAGGACUUAAGGUUUUAUAACCUGCCAUGUGAAAACGUGAAAACGAUGGUAGUACUACACAUCUCUGUGCUACAUGCAUUAUGGCCAGCGCCUUGCACUUGUACAAAGCCAUAUCACCUGGGCAAUGGCAACCAUGGACAACUGUUUUACCCUCAACCUCAUCUGGGCUUAUUACUAUGAAAUAUCUCAUUGGACAUCCCAUUUGCCCUUCACUGCCAGGGCAAAAGGCUACGAGUAGUACAACAUUUUCUUUAGAAAUAGUUGAGCAAGCAAAUUACUGAAGCGCACAUUAAAUCACCAUGCACAAGAGAAACGAGAUGCAGAGGAAGGAAGAAGGAGUCCCUUCUGUGUGUCACCUUCCUCGCGGGUGGCGAUUUUUAUGCGCACUUGCAUAUUUCAUUUGCUAUAUUAUCCUCGAGGAAAAUGAGGGACUAAUUGUAGUCAAUUAAAUGAUGAGCCCAAAUAAGGGAGAAACAGCUGUCCAUGGCUGCUAAUUCCCAUGUGAUAUGGCUGUGUUCCAUACUGUGUAGAGUGACCAUUGCUUUCAGAUGUUUUCGUUAUAACUUGGCCUAAUUUACACUUAUAUGUUUUAGGUAACCACAGUUGUGAACCAAAUGCAGAGGUUACAUUUCCAUUCAACAACUCAACACUGGUUUUAAAGGCACUUUACAACAUUCAACCAGGAGAGGUACUAACACUUCACGUCAGACUUGAUCACUUAGCUACAUGGCUGACAUUGGGCUGGUAUAAUUUAUGGUACAACUAGUGGAUUUUAUUCUUCACACGCCUGAUGAACAACUUAUUUGCGAGUUAGGGAUAUAAUUGUCUAUUGUAAUUAAUUAUUGUGCUAUCUUGAAAAAAAAGCUCAUAUGUCAGUGUUCUGAGCGUAUGUGUCUUAGUGGCUUUGUUGCUCUGUCUGUUUGUCUAUGUGUUUCGGGGUGAUUCGUCUAUGAGUUGAUGCUAAGAACCAAUGAGAGUUUAGCAUCUAAACUUUACAGUUCAAGGUCAAACAAGGGCACUUUGAGACCGCCAUACUUCUGAUUCGCUAAGAAGUAGUGCAACAUUAUUUUAACCAAUCACCAAGAAUGUUCAAAGUUAAGGCAAACUAAUCAUUGGACCACUGUAAAGACUUUACUGAAAACCGCUCUUAAAAAGUGAUGCAAAGUCCAGUGGUAUUAAAACAAAUUCGUAACUUGCGCAUUCUCCAUAAUACACCUUGUUUGAUCCCCUUCCCCCCCCCCCCCCCCCCCCCCCCCCCCCCCCCCCCCCCCCCCCACCCCCCCCCCCCCCUCCCUGCCACUCCCCCCCUCCCCUCCCCUCCUUCCUCUCUUUCCCUUUUUUUUUCUGCUCUUUUCUUUCUUUUUUUUUUUUUUUUUUUUUUUUUUUUUUGUUGCUUUUUUCUUAGUUUUUUUUUUUUUCUCUUUCCCCCCCCCCCCCCCCCCCCCCCCCAACGACCUAGGGCUUCCCACAAGUUGCUUGGCAACUUUUUGGCAACUUCUCCUAUUUCCAGCAACUUUUUCCAUUUCGAGUAACUUUUUGCGUUCUGAGCAAUUUCUCUUGUUAUCUUCUAAUUCUGAGAUUUCGGAGCAGCUUUUAGUGCUUAAAUUGGCUUUUCUUCCAUAUUUCACAAUGUUUUAUGAGUCAAUCUAUAAAUUUCCUGAAAAAAAGGAGCAAACCCCCCCCCGCCCCCCCCCCCCGAGGGCAGAUCAUGGGCGCAAGAUAAAAGUACCUGGGCUGCUCGUCAGCGGUUUUUAGAGAAAAAUCAAAAUGGUGGACGAAGAUUCACACCCAACUGACUUGAGUGUCUCGGGUGAAGAUCAUUGAACAAUUUUAUUGGCUCAUUACAUUUUUUGGUUUUAAUUGAGGACAAAGUUAUUUAGCAACGCUGGUUACGCCGGAAAACUGCACAAAAAUGCUUAGAAAUCUUACUUUUGUUGUACAAUUUGCAUAUUUUAGCAUCAGACGAAGGAAAGUUUUGUUUUUCGAGCAACGUUUGGGCAACUUCCGUUGCAAAAAGCAACUUUUGACCAACGUUUUGAGGAACUACGGGAAACGUUUUGGAAACCCUCGAGCAACCUGUGGAAAGCCCUAAAAACACCCGUUUCGAAUUAUUAAAAUCCAUACUUGGCUCCGAGGCUGAAUUAAGGGAAUAAAACAAAAGAAAUGAAUUCUUCAUCCCUGAAUUUGUAUUCUAUUAAUUCGCAGGAAAUUGUGAUUUGUUACCUUGGAGAGUGUGACAGAGACAGAAGUCGUUAUUCAAGACAACGAUUACUCAGGUAUCUAUACCGGUUGUACAACUUACGUCUAUCAUAUUGCGAUGGAUAAUGGAUAUGAUGUACAAUGAACUUAAAAUGGCACUUUUGGCAUACGAGUUGCAAUUGUCGUGAUAAAAUGUAAAUGCUUUAACUUUAACAAGCGUUAAUAGGGAGCUAAAAUGGACCUUACGAAACUACGACGGCGAGGGCAACGGCAACGUUAAAAAGCAAUAGAUUUAGUUAGCAAAACAACAACUCUGCACGUGCAUCACGCUUUUCUGUACAUUUCUUUGCCGUCCCUGCACGACUACGACGUGAAAUGACCAAAUUUUAAGGUUUUUUGAGGACGGGAAUGGCAAGGCGAUUAAUUCUACCAUCUCUGUCUGAACUCGGGCGUGGCCCCCUCUCUUCAGCUCCAACAUAAAUUGCCCUCUUUUAAGUAACUGGGCAACUUGGGAUAAUCACGAAAUGGUUUGAAAGGAUGCGGAGUCUAUUUUUCAGCGAGGUUUUCAUGGACGUCGCUGUUGUCGGAUCGUAAGGUUCCUAAAGCAACAGCGACGGCGACGGCUACGAAAACGUCACUUAAAAAGUGAAGUCGCGCUGCUUCAAACUUUAUCGCGCUUAUUCCAUCUCGUUUACUUCGUCAAAUGUUGGCGAAUGUUUUUGAAGUUCAAUUCGAAAGGACUGUAUUAAAGUUCAGGAAAAGAAAAAGAAAAUGGUUGUUUUGUGUUCCCGUCCUCGACAAAACGUGAAGUUAGGCGUUUUCACGUUGUAGUCGUGCAACGACGGCUAAGAAGUGUACAAAAACGCGUGAUGCACGUGCAAAGUUGUUAUUUUGCCAAUCUACACCUAUUGGUUUAUUGCUGUUCUCGUUGCCGUCGUUGCUCGAGCUCCCUAAUAUAACUGACGCUGUGGAUGAAAGCCUGCAUCGUAAACAUUCAAAUAAUUCAAAGCUAUUGAGUUGUACUUUCCUGCGGUGCUGCUUAUUGUGUUGUACACGGUGGUUCUAACGUUUUUCUCUGCGUAUGAAACUCAUACUACGCGUCCUCAUUCGCUAUAGAACUUGGGAAAUUACUUGUGAAUGGCAAAAUAUUGAAAAGUCUCAGCUUCGUGUCAAGCAUUAUGUCAAACGUUACAAACAACAGAAAUGAACUUUAAAACUGUUUCAAUUUUCUUUAAGUUCAGUUGUCCAUCGGUGCCUCCUUUUGUAAUUGGUUUCACAUUAAUACCUUCUUUUAACGUUUUGAAUGGUUAUUUUUAUGUUUCACUCAAUUUGGUGGCGUUUCUUACUGUUUGAAUUUGUUAAAUUUCGUAACCUCACCUCCUUGAAACAUUUUCAUUUGUCUGUGAAUGAUUUGAUUGACUCGUUUCUUUAUUACAAUGCUUACACUACGCUGCUCUUCAGGAUAUUUCAGAUUGAGCAUAUCGCAUGCGGCCUCUGGAAGCGAGGGUUUACGCUGCGUUAUUAUUUUUUUUAUGUAGAGAAAAUUACCUGUUUACCUGCACUUGUCCAAAAUGUGAAUCUGAAGCUGGCGAUCCAGACGUCACGUCAAGCGAAGAUGAAGACGAUUCAAUGGAAGAAGACGCCUAA